AUGGAGGUUUCCAAGACAUCAAGCUGUAGCAACUUCACAAACACCACUGGCAUCCGACCAUUUGAGUUCACCUGGCAGGGCAAGGAUAGAGCAUUCUGCGAUAGACAGCUGAAGGGCCCCGGCUGGAUGGUUAUCCAGAGACGAACAGAUGGUAAUACCGACUUCUACCUCAACUGGUCGGACUACCGCAAUGGAUUCGGUGACUUGGCUGGCGAAUACUUCAUUGGCCUGGAGAAUCUCCAUCAACUCACCAGCAAGUUAGCGCCAUGCGAACUACUCAUUCAGCUGAAGGACUUCGAGGGCGAGACGCGAUUCGCCCGCUACGACAACUUCGAGGUCGGCGAUGAGAAGUCGUCCUAUCAGCUAAAGUCACUGGGACAAUAUUCCGGAGAUGCCGGGAAUGCCUUGUCCUAUAAUCUUCGCUCAAAAUUCUCGACCUUCGAUCGAGAUAGCCCAGACGAGUGUGCACAAAAAACUGAGGGAGCUUGGUGGUACAGCGAAAUGUGCGGCUUCAGGUGA